GGAAACCGUAACAUGGCGGCGUCCGUAUCCCCGGUGCGGCCGCCAGUUGAGGGGAUGGUGAAACUGAGUCACAAAAGAUACAGAGCACUUUUGAAGAAAGAGAAGCGGAAGAAAAGGAGACAAGCUCUAGCAAGACUGAGAGAUUCAGAAAACACAAAUAAAGAUGAACCAACUUAUGAAGAAGAUCUGAAUGAAGAAGAGCAACAACUUGAAGCUGAAAGGCAAAGGCUUCAUGAAGAGUGGUUGCUAAGAGAAGAAAAGGCUCAAGAAGCUUUCAAGAUCAGGAAGGAAAGGGAAGAGGCAGCCAGAAAACGUCAAGAAGAAGAAGAGCAAAAAAUAAAAGAAGAAUGGCAAAAACAGCAAAAGAAAGAACAAGAGGAGGAAGAGCGAAAACAACAAAUGAAGAGAGAAAGAGAGGUGAUUCCUGCUCUAGGAGGAUAAAUCCAAUGCUUAAAGAUGUUGCAGUCAUCUUUACCUGAUUUAUUCAUCAAGACGUAUCUUUUUCUAUAGCUUGUUAAGUGGGGGAAAAACAUAUUACACGACUUUAGUUUUUAUAGGUUAAUUAUUUGAUUAUCUUGUUCAGCUUCUAGGGAAAUUAUUAUGAUCUUGUUUGCCUCUGAAUUUUAUGACUGCGUCUUAACCCUCCAUUCUCCCAAGCAAAUCUCUUAACUUGGCUAAUCUCAUACUGUUCUACUUGCAGUAAAAGAAUACACUUUAUAGGAUCUUUGAAAGUAAAAAUUAAUAUGUCAGUUGCUCAUUUCCUUGGCAAAAAGAUGAUAUUUGUCAUUUUAUAUUGAUGUUUGAAACACAAAGAGAGGAGCUUGGGUCAGAGAAAUAAUUCAAGAAACUUUGACAAAGACUAGAAAGCAUUAAUUUAAACUAGUGAAAUGGGGUGGCCUAGGAAAGUUUUAUGUAUUUUUUAAAAAUACUGGUGAUAUUUUAUUCACUGUUUCCUAAGUCAAAAAGGUAGUAUGUAUGCAUCGAUUAUAAGCAGAUUACAUAAAAAACAUUGUAGACUAAAUGCUUUCUAAUUAUGGUUUUAGUUACUGUGGUUGGGAACUAAAACGGAAGCUGAGAGCUUCAAAGGAGGUUAAGACAGAAAGAAAAAGUUCUAGAUCAGAAGACUCAGUGUGAUACCUGGAUACAUCAUGGAAAUCUCCUUUGAUGCCUCUCAGGGUCUUUGUUUCACCUAGUUUUUACAUUUGAAAAGGCAUUUUAAUUUUUUAAAAAGAGAGAGAAGUGUGAUGCUACAAAGCAACACAUCAGCCUCCAGCAUCAUUUUAAUUCCAAGAAAAGCCCUGGAUCCCAAAUAAGUCCCCUAAGCUUUCUUAGAAAAUAAAAGCGAUGGGUGGCUGCACCUAGUGCUGUUUCAAAGUGUGACCGCAAAAGGUAAGAAGUGCUGGAGGGUGUGGUAGAUAGUUUCCUUUGUAAUAGCUUAUGUCCCCCAUGACAGCUAUUUUGUGAAUUAGCAACAUUUCCAGGUGGUCAUUUUGCAUGAACACCCACAACAUAUUCCAAAAAUGCGCACAAGCCCUAAAAGGUUAGACCUACUGACAUUAUAUAAAAACCAAGCUGGAAUAAAUAAACCAGAUAUUAAUGUGCACAAGAAAUGGACUCAGUAUGAAUAUCAUCACUGAGGAACCAUGUGUAAUUUGAAUAACCAUUUGAGUAUCAUCGGUUGCAACUCACAUGCAACCGAUGUAUCAUCGGUUAUACAGUGGAAAAUCAGAAGCUGUUGACUAAUUCUUAAUUACCCUUAAAGGGUUUUUUUUUUUACACGCUGAACCAUUUUUGGUAUACUGGUACCCAACUUUAUUCUGGAAUUCUGAGCUUUGCUAUACAGACAUUAAAGACAUUAUUAUUUGCUCAGUUAGAAGUGCCAGCAUCAGUGCAGUUGAGCAUAUUUGACCUUAUAGAUACCAUUGAGAAAGUUAUGCUUAAAUCAGUGUUUCUAGUACACAAUUGAUUGCAGAAUUUCUGGUACAAUUAUAAGAUACUUGUCCCCCAUGAUAUACGUUAGAAGGGGAACCUGUCUCAUCGAAAUUACAUUGGGUUACCCGUCCCACCUGGUCCAGCAGAAAGGGCAUG